UCCUCCUUGUCUCUGCAGCUGCUGAAGAGUCUGAAGAGGCUGUCUGAGCUGCCCAUCACAGUUGACAUUCUUGUGGAGACGGGUGUUGGGAAGACUGUGAACAGUUUACGGAAACAUGAGUUUGUAGGAGACUUUGCCAAGAACCUUGUAGCCAGGUGGAAGAAGUUGGUGCCGGUGUCCCAGGAGGCAGACAGAAAUAACGUAGAUUCUGAAGACCGUGACUAUGGGAGGAGCAGCUCAAGCAAAAGACAUCGGGAACCCUCCCUCAGAGAGGAUGAGGAACCUGACCAGGAGUAUUCAGAACCCUUCCAGCCAUCUUGCAGCCAGUCCUAUAGCCCAGAUCCUAGGGAAAAGAAGUCCAAAAGGUAUCCCAGGUCUGAGAGAGCCCAUGAGACUUAUGGUUAUAGCAGCCACGAGGGGAAGGGCUGGGGCAGAUCUUCCCCAGUGCUCUCUUCAGAUCAGGAGUACUCGGACUGUGGACAGGCUGGGUCACCUGAGCCAAGUGAGAGCCCUCAGGACAUGUACACAGACCCUUAUGCCUCUGAGGAGCAGGAAGAACCAACAGUAUUUCAUCGGAAAGCCAGUAAAGGCCACAGCUUUCAGGAGAAGCUGGAGGGAGGCCGGGAAAGGAACCCCGGUGAGUUCCAUGACAAAGGGAACAUGAGUCGAAGCAAAGAGCAUAAGUCUUCUCACAAGAAGCAGCGACUUGAUGGCAGAGAGGAGGACAGGAGCUCUGCCUUCAGCCCAGAAAGAUUGCACAAAACCUCUUUUAAAGAGCAACUCCAAGAGGCCCCCGUGGCAGGGGGCAGCAAGGAGAAGCAGAGGACGUCAGAUGGCACCAAGAAGGAGAAGAACCGAGAAAGUGGUGCUUCCAGAAAGGAGAAGUUGCACGUGUUGCCGCACUCGGAAGAGACGUUGGACAACCAUGUUAAGAAGCAGAAACAUCGGGACUCUGAAAAAGGCAAAUUGGAAAAGCCCAAGUUGAGCUUGGAGACCUCGAACUCCGAGCGGGAGAAACGGAAAGCUGAGAGUGACUCAUCAAAUAGGAGUAAAGAGAAGGGCAUUUCUGGGAGCUUAAAAUCUUCAGAGGGGAAGCGCAAAGUCUCCGACACAGACAAAAAAUCUGUGGGCUUUUCCUCCAGUUUUGGGGAGGGGGAAGUGGAGGAUGAAUUUGAACAACCUACAAUGUCCUUUGAGUCGUACCUCAGCUACGACCAGCCCCAGAAAAAGAAAAAGAAAGUGGUCAAACCUUCUGUGCCAGCUGGGGAGAAAGACCGAGGGCACAGCAAACAGAACGGAUCCAAAGCCAGUACCAACAGCUCAAGCUCGAGUCGGAAAAGUCCAAGCCACAAGCGAGCAAGUGAGAAAAAAGCAGAGAAGAAACUACCAGAGUCUCCUAAACCAAAGAGGAUACUUUUAGAUGUGGUACCAACGUUACCAGAGAUCCCACUGCCUCCAAUCCAGGCCAAUUACCGCCCUCUUCCUUCACUCGAGUCCAUUACCUGCUCCCAGACGAAGAGGAAAGCAGUGUCCUCGCCGGUUGAAGAGAGCGAAGCGGGUUUUACAGGCCGCCGGUUGAAUUCAAAGAUGCAAGUGUAUUCAGGCUCUAAAACUGCCUACCUCCCCAAGAUGAUGUCUCUGUAUCAGCAGUGCAUCAGAGUCCUCAGUAACAACAUUGACUCAAUCUAUGAAGUGGGUGGUGUCCCUUUCUCAGUGCUGGAGCCAGUAUUGGAGAGAUGCACCCCAGAGCAGCUGUACCGCAUUGAGGAAUGUAACCAUGUCCUCAUUGAGGAUACGGAUCAACUGUGGCACAAUCACUGUCUCCGAGACUUCAAGAACGAGAAGCCAGAUGAGUUUGAGUCCUGGCGGGAGAUGUACCUUCGGCUGCACGACGCGCGGGAGCAGCGGCUGCUCAUGUUAGCGCGGAACAUCGGCUCCGCUCAUGCCAACAAACCCAAAGGUCGAGUGGCCAAAAUGGCAUUUGUGAACUCUGCAGCAAAGCCCCCUCGGGACGUACGGAGGAGACAAGAGAAGUUUGGAACUGGAGGACCUCUGCUGCCAGAGAAGACCAAAAUAAAACCAGUCCUGUACACAUCCAGCAAAAGCCACUCUCGUGUGAGUGAGGAGCAGUCCUACGAUGGGCCCAGCACCAGCAGUGGCCAUUCUGUCCCAUCUUCAGGUAGCACCUUCUCCUCCUACGACCCCAAGAAACCACCAGUGAAGAAAAUUGCACCCAUGAUGGCAAAGACUAUCAAAGCUUUCAAGAACAGGUUCUCUCGGAGAUAAGCUUGCAGUGCAGAUCUGGGACUUGCCCUCUGGUGGGGAGUGGCACUGAAGGGGGAGAAGGUACUCACAGCCCUUUUCCUUGAACUCUUUGGAGGCUGCAGCUGCUGGGAGAAGCUUUGAUCUGCACAAGACAACAGCACAGUAUUUUAUCUUUUAUUCUGGUCCCUUUCUCAGUGUCAAGCCCCC